AUGACUAAGGGUACUCAAGCUUUCGGAAAGAAGCACGUUAAAUCCCACACGCUUUGCAAGCGUUGCGGAAGAUCCUCAUUCCACAUCCAGAAGAAGAGAUGUGCCUCGUGCGGGUACCCAGAUGCCAAGAAGAGAUCCUACAACUGGGGAGCUAAGUCUAUCCGCAGACGCACCACCGGAACUGGCCGCACUAGCCAUCUCAGAGAUGUGAACAGAAGAUUCAGAAACGGAUUCCGCGAGGGAACUACUCCGAAGCCAAGAUCCGCUGCCGCCAACUAA